CUCGAGCCAUUUUGGAAGGCCUUACGUAGCGUCGUCUGUCUUCUCGUGGAAAAAAAAUCUUUAACCAGUGUUUUACUUUACGUGUUUGUCGACGCGACCUCUUGUCAAACUUGUAAAACGUCGUUAACUUACGUAAACAGGUUAUAAGAGAGAAUCGUUUUAUGAAGUUUGUUCUCUGGAGAAGUGCUUUGGAGCUGUUGUCAUCCGGUGUUGACGCACAACAACGUCCCGUCUUGCAUCGAACAAAGGACUAAAAGCGAUGUUCCUCCGUUAAUAUAUCUGAAUUAUUAAAAGAGCAACACGUUAAAUCUAUCCUGAAAAAAAACUUUUUUUUCCUUUCGUUUUUUGUGGAGAAUAUUUUUUUUUUCCCCUCAGAGAGGGAAAACUGAUUCAGCUCUGUUAGCAUCAGCUAAGGUUAGCCGUACUAGCAGCGAGCUAACCGCGGUUCAGUUUUCAUUUAGGAAACAUUUGUCAUUCGGCGUAGAGAGCGAAAAUGGCCGAAGGCUACAUUCGGGUGGCAGAGGAGGAAAACGAGGAGCCCAUGGAGAUCCCCGCCGAGGACGAUGGGACGGUUCUAUUGUCCACGGUAGCUGCUCAGUUUCCAGGGGCGUGCGGCCUGCGCUUCAGGAGCCCCGUGUCUCAGUGUAUGCGAGGAGUGCGUCUCGUGGAGGGAGUCCUUCACGCGCCAGAAACCGGAUGGGGGAACGUUGUUUACGUGGUGAACUAUCCAAAAGACAAUAAAAGGAAAAUGGAUGAAAUUGAUGCCUCCUCUGCUGUGAAGAUGAAGAGGGGAGACAUGAAGACCUCUGACUUGAUUGUUCUUGGUCUCCCUUGGAAAACAACUGAACAGGAUCUGAAAGACUACUUCAGCACAUUUGGGGAAGUCAUAAUGGUUCAGGUAAAACGAGACGCUAAGACUGGUAACUCUAAAGGAUUUGGCUUCGUGAGGUUCACAGAGUACGAGGCUCAGGAAAAGGUGAUCUCCCAGCGCCACAUGAUCGAUGGGAGAUGGUGUGACUGCAAGCUUCCUAACUCGAAGGUGAAUAUGCAAGGUCCCGAUGAGCCGCUUAGGAGUCGUAAAGUGUUUGUCGGUCGUUGCACAGAGGACAUGACCACAGAUGACCUCCGUCAAUUUUUCAUGCAGUACGGAGAAGUCACAGAUGUUUUCAUCCCCAAGCCAUUCCGUGCUUUUGCCUUCGUUACAUUCGCAGAUGAUCAGGUUGCCCAGUCUCUUUGUGGAGAGGAUCUCAUCAUCAAAGGUGUCAGCGUGCACAUCUCAAACGCUGAGCCCAAGCAUGGCAACAGGCAGUUUGAUCGCACAGCCCGCUUUGGAAAUGGUUUCGGGGCCCAGGCGUUCGGUAGCAACCGUAGUGGGUUGGGGAGCAGCGCCAACAGUAGUCUGGCUAAUUUUGGUUCCUUUAGCCUGAACCCUGCCAUGAUGGCCGCUGCUCAGGCUGCUCUGCAAAGUAGUUGGGGUAUGAUGGGUAUGCUGGCCAGCCAGCAGCAGACGUCCACCUCAGGUAGCAGCUCUAGCGGGACAAGUUCAAGCAGGGAACAGGGUCAGUCUUUCAGUGCAGGCAACAGCAACUAUGGCACCAGCUCGGCCAGUCUGGGCUGGGGUUCAGGGUCAAACUCUGCAACCAGUGGUAGCGGCUUUAGCUCAGGGUUUGGAUCCAGCAUGGAGUCAAAGUCCUCUGGGUGGGGUAUGUAGGUUUAGUGUUUCUAUGGUAAGUAUCCAGAGAGAUGAGUGUUUUAAAAAGUUUGCUUCUGGUGUUGAUGCGUUUAUGACAUCUAAAAACUUUUGUGAAAGAUGUUUUGUACAUUAUAACAAAAACAAACAAAAAAAAAACUGCUAAAGAUAUAAUUUAGGGAUUGUUGCAGUGAAUUGUUUACCAGGAUCUCUGACUAAAGUGCUAUUUUUGCUGUCCCGUAUGUUUGUAUCCAUUUCAACUGGAUUCUCUAAUGCAUGUAUUGUGAAAUGUGACGCCCCAUUUAGAAAAUGCAUGAAUGUCUGUGGUUCACCAUUAUCCGGCUUUUGUCACCAUCAGCUUGAAAGGCAAUCUUGCAUUGGAAAGAAUCUGGUUGAAAACUAAAUGUCUAUUUUUUAUUUUUUUAUGAGUACAACUUUAUUUGCAGUCAAGUUCUGUGGAAAAGCCUUCACUGAAAUCUCUUCUGCAGUAUACUUCUCUUCCAUUUCCCUGCGAGGAAGCUCCUCUUUGGCAGCAUUCUUGGGGUGAUACCCGUAUAUCUCCCUCUUCCCACCUGUAAAUGCUAUACCAUCAAAGAACGGCCUCACUCCGCAUGGUCUGAGAGACGGUGGGUGUUUUCACUUUUAUCCACUUUUUUUUUAAAUGGAGAGAACUGCGCAACUGACAUUUUAAGAACUGAUGAGUGCGAUUGAGGAUGGCUUGUGACGAGGAGUGAAGCAAUGAGUGAGCGAACGGAGAGAGGCGCGUGGAAAGGACUGGUUGUGCAGUGGUAGAGCCCAAAUCUGACUGCUUUCUGAGUGUGUGAGUGGAAGCUGCGGAUGCGACAAGCGCCUCCCCUAACAUGGACAUUCUUUAAUUAUUACGUCAAGAUUUGUCCCUUUUUUUUGUACCUUUGCAAGUUUUUUCCUUCCUUCUGAGUAUGUCUAAGUGCAGAAAUAUAAAACCUGUAGUGGAAUGUUGUGAUGAAUAUUUGUAUUGCUUGUAUUACCUGAUUUGAAUGCUGUAUGGUGUGUGCUUUCAUGUUAAUCGAACUGAUCUGUAAGUGUGUUCUUGAUGUGGAUGACACCUGCUGAAGACUCUGGGGGGCCGCGAGUGAGGAUGUGAGAACGUGGAGACGUGUGUGUCCAAGGAUGCCCAGUAGCUCUUUGUUGUUUGUGAGGUGUUUUAAAAGAAAAAAAAAAACAUGUCAAAUGAAGAGAGUUCUCUAAUAAAGUUCAUUUGAAUAGUUA